AUGUCAGGCAAGACGUCAGGCUCCGAUGCAAAAGGGCGAGACCACCACGACGGCAGCGCAGGCCGCGCCUUCACCGUCGAGCAAAAAGCCGCAGUAAUACGAAUCAAGCAGUGCGCACCGACGGCCUACUAUAAGAUUCUGGGACUUGAAGAAGUAAAAGCCACGUGCUCGGACUCUGAUAUCAAGAAGGCGUACCGCAAACUCUCGCUGCUUACGCAUCCGGAUAAGAAUGGGUAUGAUGGCGCGGACGAUGCGUUCAAGUUAGUUAGCAAGGCGUUCCAGGUGCUCAGCGACCCGGAUAAGAAGAAGAAGUACGAUCAGUUUGGGUUGGAUCCUGAUGCGAGGUUUGACCCGCGGGCUGCGGCGGGGGCCAAUGGUGGUGGUGGGGGACCGAGUCCGUUUGGCAAUGGGUUUGCGAGGAGAGGAGGGGGUGGGUUUGGGGAUGAGGAGAUGACGCCUGAGGAGCUGUUUAGACAGUUCUUCGGUGGUGCGUUUGGGGGUCCUUUUGGCGGCAUGGAUACGGGUCCCGGUUUCGUCUUCAACCUCGGCGGCGGCCCCGGCCUCCGCCUUGACCAACCUCCUCCCACUCCUCUUCCUCUUUGUCCUCCCCCUCCUCUCCUCCUCCUCUCCGGCUCCUCCACAACCGCAGCCGGCCCUUCGCUCGUCUUCGAAACCCCCCGCACGCCAAACACGAUGAAGCGCGUCUCCUCGCGCAUAAAAAUAGACUACUUUGUCGACCCAAAGGACGUGCAGGAUUACACACCUAAGAAAUGGCGUAAACUCGACGAGGCGGCCGAGAACCAGUACGUCUCCAUUACCAACACGAGGUGUCAGACGGAAAAGUUUAAGCAGAGGAAAGCCAUGGAAGAUGCGCAGGGCUGGUUUAGCGUCGACACGGAGGCGAUGAAUAAGGCCAGGAAUAUGGAGUUGAAGAAUUGUAAUAAAUUGAGAAAGUUGGGAUUGGAGGUUUAUGGGCAGUGAUUAUGAUUAAUUGAUUAAAGUCUCUGGGGGUGGAUGAAUAGUUGUUUGUAUGAUUGGAAUGAUGGGGGUGUCGUGGUUUGGUGUACGUAUGGCUUUCUUUGCGCCGUUGUUGUCUUGCUGUCUUGGUGGGACAUCUGCGGCGGCUUCGUGCUGGGGAGGUUCCAGAUGCUCGCAUGGCGUAUACGGCGUUUUCGAUAACGAAGGGUCGAGCAGAUAAUGUUGUUUUCUUGUGCUCCCUGUUGUUCUCUUCUUAUAGAUAGAUAUAUCCCAUCGAAGCCACGCACGCCGUCUACAAAGGCAUUUAUCCU